ACAAGAAUAGGAUUACUACCGCAGAAUCCGACGCCCUUACCUCGUCCUCUUCUCACCACAUCGUCCCUCACCUAGUAGAUUCCACGACCUACGUCACUCCAUCACUCUUCUCCCGGCUGUUCUGGUCAGAAUCCUCAGCGUCGCGCUAGUGGUGGCCAUACAUCCAUCAUUGUUUGACACAUAUACGUUCUUAUCAUCCGCAGUAUACUCCUCCCUCCGCGGCUCCUCCUCCUCCUCCUCCUCGCUCUCUCGAGGCCCUACACUUGUUUCGUCCCUCUUUCCCUCUGUGCUCUCCGUCGUUACCAGGUAAUGAAGGAGCAGCAGACCCAGCAGCCGCAAAUGUCGCAGCAGCAGUCGCAGAUGUCGCAGCCGUCGCAGCAGCUGUCGCAGCAGCAGAUGCAGGAGCAGCUUCAGGCGGCGCUAGACCGCCUCCUAUUGGCCAACGACCCCGCGGCGGGUCAAUGGCUCGGCGCGUUUCAGCAGUCGCAGGAGGCCUGGCAGGUCACGCAUUCCAUCCUCGCUAGUGCCGCCUCGUUACUAGCAUCAUCCUCCUCUUCGCAACCGCCACAGGGAAUGUCGCCGUCUGCCAAUGCGUUGAUCUUAUUCGCCGCACAGACGCUACGGUCCAAGGUUCAGCUACAGCUGUCCGCUCUUGAUUCGUCAGCGCGAGCCGCACUGCUGUCUGCUCUGUUCUCCCUCUUCCAAUCGUUCUGCUGCGCCCCCAAUCAGCAUCAGGUUCUCCUUCAAAUCUGUGCGUCCAUCUCAGCGCUGCUCCUCCAAUCGCCAGGCACAGCUGCUGACCUGGAGGCCAGGCUGGCAGCUGCCAUGUCAGCAGCAGAGGGUGGAGGGGGAGGGGGGGGCGUGGGGGGGGUGUUGGGGGGGGUGGUGGAACUGUUGGGGGCGGUGGGGGAUGAGUGCACGGACGAGCAGCGGUGGUCCGUGGGGGUGGUGACCCUGCAGCGGAAGCAUGUCUUUUGCCUGGAGCUCCUCUCCCACAGUAAAUUCGUGGCCCUUCUUCUUCAGAGAGCCUCCUCAUUGUCACUCUCUGCACUGUCACAGUCGCAAACAACACCUGCAUCAGCAGCAUCAGGGCCAGUGGCAGCUGUGGACCCUUCUGCCGCACUCAGCCUCUUGCACAAGACGCUCCGGUGCCUCUUCGCAUGGGUGCGGAUAGGUUUCCUAACGGACCUACUAGCAGCUGACACGUGGCAGUCACAUGUGCUGCCAUUGGUGGAGCUGGCUGUUGACUCGCUCCAGGAGCCUUGUCUGUGUGAGGUGGCAGCAGAGGUGGUGGGCGAAAUGGCGAGCAGACACGAGCCCCUACUCCCCGCCAUCACCCCGCGUCUCCUCUCCUGCUUCUCUCAAGCCGCCGCCGCCCACCCCGACGCCUUCCCUCCCCUCGCCUCCGCUGCCUCUAACCCAUCCUCAUCAGCAGCUGGGGUCUCUGGAAGUGGGGGCAGCAGCAGCAGCGGGGUGGAUGAGGAGGAGAGGGAGCGGCUGGUGGCUGCCUUCGCUUCUGCCAUCGCAGAUGUUGGACUGGCGAGCCCGGCGCACGUGGUUCUCUCACCUCAACUCCGUGACCCUUUUGCUGCUGCCGCCCUGAGAUGCGCGUCUGUCCACUCGUCAGAUCACCGAAUCGCCAUUUCUCUUCUGCCUCUCUGGUCAGGCCUGAGUGAGUUCCUCUCUGCUCGCGUCAACUCAUCGUCAUCAUCAACAACACCACCCUUAACGCCACAAGAUGCAGCAGCAGUGCAGGCCAUUCUCCUCGCUGCACUGCCUGUGUGCCUGUCACAUGCCAAGCUCAGCACGGUCGUGCCAGGCGGGGCGAUGGGAGACGAGGGGGACGAGGAGGAGCAGGCGGAGGCAGAGGCAGCAGCAGAGGACUACCGGGAGCAGCUGGAGGAGUCGCUGGUGGACGUGAUGCGGGCCGUGGGGGCUGGCAACUACCUCUCCACUGUGGCACCGCUGCUGCUCUCCUCCGCGCUCCCCAACCCCCAACAACUGCUCGCCGACAUGCCAGCAGUGGAGCUGCAGCUGUUCGCCUCCCAGGCUGCUGGCCAGGUGGCGGAUUCUGAUAGGCCAGAGGACGUGGCAUGGGCGUGCCAGGUACUGUCAGCAGUGGCAUACAUCGCCUCAGGUGUUGCUGAGUCCGCCCAAUCGAGCAUUCCUCCCCGGCUACAGCCAUGGGUGCACCGUGCUAUAGCAGCCAAUGUGUUGGCGUACCUCUCCUUCCUCCCUCGGGUUCCUUCCAUCGUCCCUGCCUUGCUCCAAUCGUUGGCACACGGGCUGGUCCCGCCUACCUCUCAGGGAGCCAGCGCAGCAGGAGCAAGGCAGGCAGCCACUAGGAGCAGCAACAGCAGCAGAGCAAGUGAGCAGGCCACCUCUGCCUGCGCUGCUGCUCUCUGUGCGCUGUGUGAGGCCCACAACACCUCUGCAUCAACUGCUGCUGCUGCUGCCUCAGCGUCCUUGAAUGAGGGCUUGGUGGCUCAGCUGGUGGCUGUGGGCGAGAACCUGCACCUGUCGCGGCUGCAGCCGAAGCAGGAGGCAGAUGUCAUCACAGCAGUGGCUUCAGCCGUCUCCUCCCUGCCGCCCGCCCACCAGCUGCUGGCGCUGCAGCGGCUGCUGCACCCCGUGCUGGCAGCGCUGCAAGCACUGGAGCAACAACCGUCCAGCAGAAGCCUCUGUGAAGCGGCUGCAUGCUCCUUCACCCGGCUGGCCCUUCUCUUGGAGCACAUCCGCUUACCAUCACCUGAGACUCAGAGGCUCGACUCCCAACUACUGCAGUGCCUACAGCAGCUGCCACCCUCGCUACAGUCACCAGAACUGCAACAGCAAGCAGGGGCGCAACCAGGGGCGCAACCAGGGGCUGACAGGACUCGGGGCGGGGAGGGCAGUGGAGCGAUCCAGGCGUUCCUGCUGGCUGCCUGCUGGCCGCACCUGCAAUUCCUCCUCUCCCUCCCGUCCUCCUCCUCCUCUUCCGCAUCUGCUCCCUCGCUUGAUCGGGACGCUCUCACCACUGCAGUGGCUGCUGCUGCGCGCUGCCUCUCUCCGCUGGCCACGCUCUCAGGUCCAGCCUUCCUGCCCUACACCAACCCCGCCCUCUCCUCUCUCCAGACAGCUUUCUCUACUGCCGGUCCACCACCCUCCCCCCUCUCCCUCUCCGCCUGUCCCUCUAUCCUGCGAGCCGCUGAGUCCCUCCUUUCCUUACAAGCACACGCCACCGCGGACCACCUCCAGGUCAGCGCGGAUCAGCUCCAGCUCAGCGCGUCCCUCGCCACGUCUGCACUGGUGUCCUUCGUAUCUGCCCCUGCCUGCACCGCUCUCAAGUCCCCCAAGGGCGCGGAGCAGCAUCCUGACAUCACAGAGGCGCUGCUGCACUUUGCCUCGUCUCUGCUCUCCCUCGUGCCUCCUUCGCACCUGGCGUCUGAUUCCUCGUCGCCCGUUCUCCCACCCCUGGCGCACCUCUUGGAGGUGGCAGCAAGGGGAUGCACUGCUGCGCACAGGGGAGUCUCGUCCUCCUCUUUCUCCUUCAUCUCAGCCCUCAUGACAGCAGCCACGCAGCAGGCAUCAUCACCCUCAUUACAGUCACAGCCACAGUCACAGUCGCAGCAGGUUGCCCCCUUGGUGCAGCUCUGCACGGCACACGGCCCUCUGCUCUCCCACGCACUCGUCGCUGCCCUACUGGGGCCAAACGCGGUGUCCCGGGUGCAAAAGUGCGUGACUCUGCUGCAGCAGCUGUUUCACGUGUGCUGCUGCGCGGCACAGGGAGCCACACCUGGAGCAACAGCAGCACAGGCAGCAGCGCAGGCAGCACUUGCACCGAUGCACCAAUGGCUUGUGGCAGCGCUAUCCUCCCUCCCUCCCGGCUUCCUGAAAGCGGGAGAGGCAGAGGCGAUCCUCCCAGCUUGGCUCACACAGCUUGCAUCUGCUCCACCGGCUCUCACGCCCUCGGCCAAUGAAGGCGAGCGAGGCAACACCCGCAUGUUGAGACGACUGCUGAGGAGCUUUGCGGAUUCGCACAGGCAUACAGCUGUUGGUGCGUGAAUGUGUUACGGGAAGCAUCGGAGCUUAUGAGUUAUAUGUAUUGUGCUUGCUGCGGAAUGCAAUAUUCCAAACGUAACUCUUGCAAUUGAGGCAGCAUGCGAUAUAUUAUUCAUGUCAGAGUUAAUGGGCAACGCUCCAAGCAUGGGGGGUUUGAGCAGGCAGCAAUGAAGGAAAUUGCAUCCAGUACCUGCAGGUGACUGAUGGUAAGAAUAUGCUGGUGAAAAACAGCUGGUGGCGGACAUGCCAUUUUGAAGCCUGAAAUCAUGGAUGGUUGGAGCUAGUAGAUGUUACGC